AUGGCCGCACCAAAGGACUCGGGCUACGUCCAAGCCACCGACCCCACGCGCCCCCGGACCGACGCCGCCGUGCCCUUCCGCGAGAUCAUCCCAAAGCCGGACCACCCCAAGAUCGCCGGCAUCGAGAACUGCGACGCGCAUAGCUGGUGCGCGUCACGGCGCAAGAUCGAUGCCCCGGCCUGGCUGAUCAACCGGCUGGACGCCAAGAACCUGGAGAAGCCGUACGUGGGCUUCACGGCCGACGGCAGCGUCCGCGAAGGCGUGUACGAGUGGGCCGACGACGAGGGCGCCCCCGUCGAGGCGGCGGCGCAGGCGGCCGAAUCGCUGCUGGCGCUGCUGUCGGCCGAGGAGCGGGCGCGGACUCUGCACCCGUCUGUCGACGACGACGCGAUCCGGCUGUGGUCGAAUCCGGAGCUGUACGUCAACCCCGGCGGGCUGCGGCUGGACGAGUGCGGGCAGGAGACGCGCGACGCGGUCCACGGCGUGCUGCGCGCCAGCCUCAGCCCGCAAGGGUUCGACAAGACGUGGGCGUGCUGCCUGACCAACGGCUUCCUCGGCCACCUCGUCAACGGCCGCCGCGUGCUCAACGAGCACUCGUACAACUUCCGCCUCUUCGGCAAGCCGAGCGCGGCCGAGCCGUGGGGCUACACCUUCUUCGGCCACCACCUGUGCCUCGCCGUGGUCUUCUACGGCCCGCGCAUGGUCGUCGGCCCGACCUUCAUGGGCGCCGAGCCGGACCGCAUCGACGAGGGCCCGCACAGCGGCUUGCGCCUGUUCAAGACGGAGGAGCUCGAGAGCUUGAGCCUCAUGCAGAGCCUGAGCCCGGAGCUGCAGGCCAAGGCGACGCUAUCGGUGGGCAUGGACGGCGACUCGCUGCCCUCGGACCGCUGGAACCCGUUCGACGAGCGCCACCUCGCCGGCGCGAGGCAGGACAAUAGGGUCGUGCCUUUUGAGGGAUGCCCGGUCAAGGAGUUCCCGCCCGCCCAGCAGGAGCAGAUCGUCACACUUUACAAGGCCUUCAAUGAGUACUACCCGGCCCCCGUGCUCGAGCACCGCGUCAAUCUAUUCAAGAAGCACCUCGAAGAGACGUACUUCGCCUGGAUCGGCCCUCACGGCGACGACGACCCCUACUAUUUCCGCAUCCACUCGCCCGUUGCCUUCAUGGAGCUGGACUUCCAUUGUGGCA